AUGGCAGCGCCCUCAGAGGUCCUUCCAGAAAUGGUGGCACCACCAGGGGCCUUGAUAGGGGCGGUGGCACUCCCAGGGUUGGCGGUGCCCACAGGGGACCUGUCAAAGGAGGUGGCUCCUCCAGGGGCCCUACCAAUGGCGGUGGCGUCCCCAGGGGCUAUCCAAGGGGCAGCGACACUCCAAGGGGGUCCUCCCAGGGACGGCAGUGCCUCCAUGGGCUCGGCCAGAGGUGUUGGCGACCCUAGGGGUGCUGGCUCCCCCAGGGGCCCUACCAGGGGCUCUCUCAGGGACAUCAGCACUCACGGGGGCCCUCCCAAGGACAGCGAUCCUCCCAAGGGCACUGACAUGGAUAGCGGUGCUCCCAGAGACUGUCCUAGGGACAGUGCUCGCUCCCAGGGGCCCUCGCAGGGGCAAUGGCAUCCCCAGGUAGCUCCCAGGGACCCUCCCAGUGGUGGCGCCGACCCCAUGGAUGGCGGCGCUCCCAGGGGGCCUGGCUGGAGGGAUGGCGCCCCCAAGGGCCAUGGCAGGGGUGGUGGAGCCUCCAGAGGCCAUCCCAGGGAGGGCAGCACCUCCAUGGGCCCUGCCAGUGGCGUUGGCGCCCCCAGGGGCACUAAUAGAGGUGCUGGAGUAGGCAGAGGCCCUGCCAGGGGCGCCGUCGCCCCCAGGGGCUCUCUCAGGGACAGCAGCGCUCACGGGGGCCCUCCCAAGGCCACCGAUCCUCCCAGUGGCACUGCCAGGGACGGUGGCACUCCCAGAAGCUCUUCUAUGGACAGCAACGCUCCCAGGGACCUCUCAGAGGCAGUGGUUUCCCCAAGGGCCAUGCCAGGGACAGUGGAGCUCCCAGGGGCGAUGCGGAACCCCAGGGACCAUACCAAGGGUGCCCUCCCAGGUAUGGGAGCACUUCCAGAUGCCGUGCCAGGGACGGUGGCACCCCUAGGGGCUCUCCCAGGAAAUUUGGUGCUCUCAGGGGCCCUCCCAGGGACGGCGGCGCCAGCAGGUUCUCUCCCAGUGACAGCAGCGCCCUAG